GCAGCGACUGUAUACGGAAGUAGCGUUGAGUUGUUGUUAGCUUGUGGUGCCAUUAGCUACCCAGCCAACGAGACGACAACACUUUGUGUUUUCCUUCUUUCUUUCUUGUGUGUAGAUUAGAAAAGACGCUGCAAUAUAUGAUAGUCGUGUUUACACAAAGUCGUGUUUAUUAUUGUGUCUGACGGGGCAUUGACACAAAGGUAACGUUAGCUGCUUGUGCUGUGUAUGCUGACUACGGUAGCAAUGGACCCGGCCAGAUCCCACAAUCCCAACUCCAGCUACCAAAACCCCCAGUCAGCAUACAGACGACACAGAGAUGCCGGUGGAAGAAAUCACAGUGAGAAUAAACGCUCCAGACCAAACCACCACCAGUAUCAGUCUGGGCCAACACCGCCGCAAAACCCACGCAGCUCUCAGGAGUUGAGCACCAGAAGGGAGUUAUACGAAAGAGACUUUCCGGUGUACAAACAGCCGGUCGAAGUAGGGUGUUUUUCCCUUGACUCUGAGCGUAGAUUCUUCAAUGACAGCAGGCGGAUGAAAUACUACGUGGAACCUGACAGAAAUCCUAAUUUUGACCUGAAGGAUGGAUACAAGGACCGCUAUAUCAGGAGAGACGAAAGUGAGAAGGAGAAGCUGGACCACAUCCUCCGCUGGAUCUUGGCCAAUAAAUCAAAGCUCAGCUCAAAGGUGACCGCAGCCUCAUCAUGUGCUUUAGAUUUCGACUUUGUGACAUGGCGCGGCCAUCUGACCAAGCUGCUGACCACUCCCUAUGAGACACGCGAGGGCUGGUUGCUGGCAGUCAGCAGGUUCAGGGGCACGCUUUACAUCAGCGAGGUGGAAACAGAAGCCGCUCGACGGGAACAAGAGAACCGCACAGAGAGACACAAGGAGAUGAUGUACUGGGGAUACAAGUUUGAGCAAUACACAUGUGCAGAUGACGUCCACAGUUCACCUGACCCAGGCGGAGUGGUGAACACCAAUGAGGCCUUCUGCACUGUGGUGCAAACUCGGCUGGCCGAUCACAGACUCCUGUUCUCCGGGGAGGUGGACUGCCGGGAUAAAGAUCCCAACGCUCCGGCUCCUCCCGCAUGCUACGUGGAGCUGAAGACCUCUGCGGAGAUCUGCACCCCGAAACAGCGUAGCAACUUUCACAGGUUCAAACUGCUGAAGUGGUGGGCCCAGUCUUUUCUCCCGGGAGUCCCCCGUGUUGUGGCAGGUUUUAAGGAUGAGGAAGGAGUGGUGGUCACUGUGGACACUUUCCCCAUCUCUAAGAUUUCACAGCUCAUCAAGAAUGAACAAAACUGCUGGAAGCCAACGGUCUGUAUGAACUUUUGCUGUGAUUUCCUGUCUUUUGUGAAGCAAAUCGCUACUGAAGACAAUCCAAGCGUGGUGUACCUGUUCUCCUGGGAGCCCCGCAGAGACGUGACGUUCUCCGUCCACAGGGACUCCCAGUAUUCCUUCCUGCCACACUGGUUUGUGGAGGAGAUGACCAGAAGUCAAGACUCACACCGUCAGCCCUGAUUUACAGCCAAGACGUGGUCCACUGUUAAUGUUCAUUCAGACCUCCAAUGGAGGAUUCUCAGACUUUAUUUUAACAUUUAAACCCAAGAACAGUGGUUAAGUGUUCAAUUUUAAUCAAAACAGAAUUAGAAAACAUCAGUAGAAAAACAUUUUUAACAAAUGAAAUCAUGACUUCAAGUUAGAAUUGCAUCUGCAGUUACACGUUUUUUUUUCAUGUUAAGACAAAACAUUUCAUUUGUGAAGAAGACCGUAGUGAACAUGCAUGGUGUAUUCUUGUAACCGUUGCCUCAUUGCCGUUGUUUUUUAAUUAAAAGUGACUCAUACACCA